AGGAAAACGCAUUGAAUUGAACUGAGGUAGAAACACCCAAAUGCUUAUAUAAUUAAAAUUACACAAGGAAAGAAUUCGCGUACCUUCGUGGUAACACUGAAAAUGGAGUAAAGUGUUAAAAUGCGGUAAUAAGUGAAGUCAUAAAAAUGGACCCCAGACAAAUAUUCGACCUCUCGAAGCUUGAUGACCUUACGGAAAGGUCCAUUUGUGACACCCUAAAAUCCAGAUAUCGCCACGAUGUCAUCUAUACGAAUGUUCAAGACAUUCUAAUUGCAAUUAAUCCAGAGAAGCCGUUGAAAAUUUACGAUGAGCAGACUCACAGAAGAUACCACCCGGAUAAAGUGGCACUGGAACACGAGCCGCACGUAUUUCAUGUUGCGGCGUUAUCCUAUGUGCGAAUGCUGGAUACUUGCGAAAAUCAGGUCAUCAUUGUGUCUGGCGAGAGCGGAGCGGGGAAAACGGAGAGUACCAAGUAUAUGUUAAAACACAUCGUGCACAUGUGUCAGAGUAAUAACAUGGCGCUACACGAGAAACUCAUUGAGAUAAACCCUUUGCUGGAAGCCUUUGGCAAUGCUCAGACUUCUUUGAAUGAAAACUCAAGCCGAUUUGCAAAAUAUUUGGAUGUUAGUUUUACAGACAAGGGCCAGCUUGCAGGAGCUGCAGUUAGGGACUACAUGCUUGAAAAGUCAAGAGUUGUCCAUCAAAGUCUCGGGGAGGCCAAUUUUCACAUUUUCUAUGCUCUGUUUGCUGGAUGUCCCACAGAUGAACUGGGUGAUGUGUUUUUGAAUAAGUCUGCCACAGAGUACAGGAUUUUGAAGAGCAAUCCACAUCGGCUACACAGAAGAAACUACGAAAAGCAUGCACGAAUAUUUAAACAAACAAUGACAGUCCUGGAAAAGAUAGGGGCGGAGAGAGAUACUGUGAUGAUGAUGCUGGGAGCGGUUAUUCAUGUGGCAGAAAUUGAGUUCGAGGAAGGACAUGCAGGAGAAACACAGAUAAAAGAUGGUCACGCUUUUGAAUAUGCAUCAACACUGCUGUCGUUGGAAGUAGAGGACUUUGGUGAGGCACUGAUUUCAAGCAAGCUGGUUGUCAACGCCGAGCAAAAGAUUCGGUAUAAGACGGUGCGCCAAGCUGAAGAUGGAAGAGAUGCACUUGCCAAAGUCCUGUACGAGAGGCUAUUUGGUUGGCUCGUCAGGCAGAUAAAUUCCACCCUCCACCCAGGAGAUGACUACUCAAAUGCGGCUACAAGUAUAGGCAUAUUAGAUAUAGCAGGAUUCGAGAAAAUGAAACAGAACAGCUUUGAGCAACUUUGCAUCAACUUAGUGAACGAAAAACUUCAGAACUUCAUGAAUGACAGCAUAUUUACAAUGGAGAUGGAGAUUUAUCACCACGAAGGAAUUAAACUCAAAGGAAUUGCUUUCCAGAAUAAUGAUGACCUCAUUACUAUGUUUGAAACAAAAGACACCGGUCUCUUAGCAAAACUUGACGAACAGUCCCUCCUCACCCAUGGGUCUGAUGGAGGGUUUGUAAUAGCCAUAAAGUCGGCAUUUGAGGGCAACACAAAAUUUCCAAGAAAUCCCAAGGAUGCGAUGUUUUCUAUAAGGCAUUUUGCGGCGGUUGUCGAGUAUGAUUCGGUUGGUUUUGUUGAGAAGAACCGGGAUCGGCUAAAUCCCGAAGUGUUGGAGGCGCUCCGAAGGAGUGACAAUCCCUUCAUAAGUGACCUUUUUACGGUCAAACGUGGUCCUACAGGCACUAUUUCAGAACUCUAUGCACCCUUCCGACCAUCUGUACGAACAGAACAGCGCAAUAAACUAGGUCAGACAAAACUCGGAAUGUCCGUUGGUGGAAGGAAUUUAGCGGUUGAACUUGGACGGACUAUGAAGCAGAAAUACGGGGAUAUUUUACCACCAGGUGUACACAGCAGAGGACAACCAGGGGCGAAAAAAGGACAAACUGUCGUAGCAUACUUCAGGCAAUCGUUGUUGCAACUUGUCGGAAAGCUAAGGAAUGUUGAACGCCCAUAUUUCGUCAAGUGUAUAAAGGCAAACCCAGCUCAUGCCGCAGACCGUUUUGAGGACCAAAUUGUCAGUGAUCAGUUGAAAUACAACGGCCUCGCUGAAAUAGCAAAGAUCAGGAAGAUGGGGUUUGCUGUGAGGAUGAUGUACAAAGAUUUUGUGAAAAAAUUCGCAGAAAUUGUUGAGGGAUACGAAUUGCCUUCGGAUACCAUUGAAUGUGUGCAAUUUAUUCUCAGACGAAUAAACACACAUGAAUCAGAAAGACGUUUCGGGAAAACGAAGAUUUUUUUGACGCAGGAGUUAGACAACAGACUCAACAGGAAAUUACAUGAAGUGCAAGAAGAAAAAAGAAGGAAAAGGGAAGAGGAAAGGCGACGCCAAGAAGCGGAACAGAAACGUAUUGAAGACGAAAAGCGACGGAAGGAAAAUGAACGACACAUGCAGGAAGACAGAGCCAGAAAAUUAGGCAGGGAUGAACAAGAAGACCCAACGUUUGCGUUUCACAGCGGAAGAAAUGACGUUAUGGAAGAGCACUCUAUAUAUGAUCGAGUAGGGGAUGAAGACUCUGAUAGAAGCUCACCAAUUCCUGGAAACCAAGAAGAUACUUUUGUCAAAAGCCAAGCCAAUAAGAAACAAGAGAAUAGCAAGACAAGUUCGAGUUCCAAGUCUCCUAAAUAUUUUUGGGAUAUUCCUCAAAUGAUAACGCGAGAACUGAGUUCUAGAGAUGUGGAUGAAGAAAGAAGUUUGCAGGUUUUGAAAGGGAUCACUUACGUGCUGCUAUUCUUGGGAAUAUUUUGGUGUGCAAUUGUUCAGAAAAUCAGCCUGGUAACGCUUGUUGCCCACCAGUAUCCGAGACAGGAUAAUGCGACCGAAUCUGAAGUGCAGUCUCGAAAACUUGAGGCAACAGGCAGACAUUUACUUCUAACGCUAGCGAUAUUUCUACCUUAUGGCUUCACGUUUUUGUCGUGUACAUUCAAAUGGCUGUUUGGGCGGCUGCCAAUGCCUAGCUGUGGAACAUUACUUUUUUGUUUGCUGAUGGAAUUCGUCCAUUCUGUUGGCCUGUGUCUGCUUGCCUUUGUUAUACUACCUGAUAUGGACCCAAUGAGAGGAAUUAUGUUACUGAAUGGAAUCGCUUUCCUCCCAUCCAUACUAUUUCCCAUUUGUGGUUCGGCUGUGAAACACCAUGGUCAAAAGAAGAGAAACGCACUGACAACAUUGAUUGUGUUUUGUUUAAACAUUCUCGUAGUUUUAGUGCAAGUGGGUUUCAUAGCUGUUGUGCUGAUGUAUGACAAUUUUAUUGAGACGAGUCACAUCGAUGUGGAAUAUUACACUUCGGGUUUGUUUAUAGCAGCAAUGGUAUUUGUAUCAUUUUCGUGGUGGGAAAAUUUCACUGAUGACAGGUUUUGUGGGACGACAAGCUAUGGCGGAUGCACCAAAAGCUGGUUAUUAAAAAUGAAGUUUGAACUACAAGAGUCAAGACCAAUUGUUUUUUUAUUCACCAGUUUUCUUAAGAUCGCCGUUACAAUUGUAGCGAGUUGGCUCACCAAAAUGUAUAAACCGCUAUCAGAGGAUGAAUUUUCUCAUGUCCAUAGCAUAGCAGAUGUACCAAUCAAAGACGCCUUAGAUUACAUUGAAUCACAACCGUUGAAAGAAAACGUUGCAAUGCUUGCACUUGUACUCGUAACUUUCUUCGGAAACUACUUUGCCACGACUUGUUGUAAACUGAAACUGCAGACGGUAUCAUUUAACAUUCCCCUGUUGCUUUCGACACCUACGGCUGUUGUCUUGGUAGCGUUAGAUUGCGACUAUGAGAUUUUAAACAUUUUUACGAAUGAGGGUCAGAACGACUGUAGCAAUGAUGACUUUAUUCGCAAAGCCCUGGUGUAUAUAUGUGGAGGAAUAGUCUGGGCUUCGCUGUACUGGCUUUGUCGUCAUAUAUUCUACCCUGAUAUUGAACGACUCGCUAAGCAAGAAAGGCUGUUCAUGAAUCCAUUUUACUGCAGCGUUUUGUUUGAGCAAAAUUUGAUACUGAAUCGACGACGGCACAACAGAAGAGUCAUUCGAGAAGUUAAAGAAGAUAGCAAAGUGUACUACAGCCUUUCCCAUUAUAACUAUAAAAUAAACAUCGAGGGUGAAGAAGUGGAAGAUUUAAAUAAAGUAAAUGAUACAUCAAAAUCUAAAGAAAAUGAAGAGAGUGAGGAAGCAGAGGACCAGACGAACCCGAAAUUUCAGGAAGUCCCAAUGAUAUAUGCAUGUGCGACAAUGUGGCAUGAAAAUAAACAGGAAAUGCUGCAGUUGUUGAAGUCAAUAUUUAGGAUGGAUAAAGAUCAAAACCUGCGUCGUCAUUCUGAAACAAUUUCUGGCAAACGUGACAAGGACUUUUACGACUUUGAAGCUCACAUCUUUUUUGAUGACGCGAUGAACGGCACGUUACCUAACGACUUUGUCAGACUGUUGUUAUCCGUGAUUGAUGAAGCUCUAAGCUCAGUUCAUCACAGACGAAUGAAGAUGAAAAACACGUUCAUCGUCCCUACUCCAUAUGGCGGACAGAUUGUUUAUCCUAUGCCUGGUGACAACUUCCUGUUUGUUCAUCUUAAAGACAAGUCCAAGAUAAGGCACAAGAAAAGAUGGUCUCAGGUCAUGUACAUGUACUAUUUACUGGGAUUUCGAAUCGUGCGAUUGUCCGCGGAAACAAUCAAAAAAGCUUUAAACGAUGAAGACAAGAUAAAUAACUUGAUAAGUUGGGGAGAAGGCGUCGAGGCCAGUGCCGGGAAUAUCGGCUAUAGCCAUGUGUUCAGGGCAUUUGAUGACCAAACUCUUCGAAAGCUGAACAAUACGUAUCUGUUGGCUCUUGAUGGAGAUGUUGAUUUUACUCCUGGCGCUGUAAAACUCUUGGUGGAUCGUAUGAAGAAGAGCGAAAAAGUCGGUGCAGCUUGUGGACGAAUACAUCCAAUUGGAACCGGUCCAGUGGUGUUGUUUCAGAAGUUUGAAUAUGCCAUUGCUCACUGGUUACAGAAGGCAACCGAACAUGUUCUAGGAUGCGUAUUGUGUAGCCCAGGGUGUUUUUCUAUGUUUCGUGGAUCGGCCUUGAUGGAUGAUAAUGUGAUGAAAAAAUAUACGAUUCUUCCGACAGAGGCUUCACAUCACUUGAUGUACGAUCAAGGUGAAGAUCGAUGGUUGUGUACGUUGCUUCUUCAGCAGGGCUACCGGGUCGAUUAUGCGGCUGGUUCAGAUGCAUUUACAUAUGCACCAGAAGGAUUUGCAGAAUUUUUCAAUCAACGACGCCGUUGGAUGCCCUCGACGGUUUUCAACAUCAUUGACUUGUUGGCGGACUACCAAAACACAGUUUAUAUCAACACCAAUAUAAGCAUGCUGUAUAUCAUUUAUCAAGGAGCACUAUUGUUGUCUACUUCGAUCGGACCCGCAACAGUUCUUAUGAUGAUCGCCAGUGCAAAUUUGAUCGUGUUUGGUACAAGUCUUAUUUGGGCGUACAUUAUUGCUCUUUUACCAGCCGUGUUCUUUUGCAUCAUUUGUUUCUUUACGAAACCAAAAGUUCAAAUCCAAGUUGCCGAAUUACUGACGGGCCUGUACGCAUUUGUCAUGGUAGUAGUUAUUGUGGGAACGAUUGUUAUUGCAGUAAAGGACAGUCCGUUUCAUCCUAGUGUUUUGUUUAUGUCCUGCUUAGUGUUGGCGUUUGCAUUCGCCGCAUUCCUUCAUCCGAAGGAAUGGACUUGUGUUGUGUACGGAAUACUGUAUUUCGUACUCAUCCCAACAGGAUUUCUACUGCUCGUAAUUUACUCAAUAGCAAAUCUCCAUGUAGUUUCUUGGGGAACGCGCGAAGUCCCAAAGGAGAAAACAGAAAAAGAAUUGGAAGAAGAGAAAAAAGCACAAGAAGAAAAACAACGGAAAAAGAAAGAAUCAAGUUUCUUCGGAAAAUUUCUUCCGUCCUUUCCAACAAAAGAAUUCAAAGAUAUGAUGAAUGUAUUUGUGGAAAAAAGUAAAACGGAAAAAUUGCCUGAAGGUAGUGAAACAGUGGAGCUGUUGCGAGGUAUAAAUGAAAACAUGUCUGAUUUGAAAAAUUACAUGAAAAAAUCGAUUAAUCCUUCAGAAGAAGCAAGGCACAACCCAACAGUAAGAAUAAAUGUCCAAGAGCCAGUGAUUGAGAAGCAAGAGGACUUUAAUUCUAAACAUACUAGGACAACACACAAAGGAAUCCUUAAACAUGUUAAGGAGGAGCAUAAAGCACCCGAACGUGACGAUUUGGACAAUCCCGCAUGGGCCGAAAUCCCAGAGCUUACGCAUGGUAGGAAGAUUAAAAUGGUGGAAGAAGAGCUGAAUUUCUGGCAAAACUUCAUAAGCAAAUAUCUCCACCCGUUAGAGUUUUCUAGUCAAAAGAAAAAGAAUGAUGAAAAUGCUCUGCUUGAAUUGCGGACAAACAUAUCGACCGGAAUGAUUGUGACAAAUCUGCUAUGGAUUGCUUUGAACUUCAUGUUUCAAUAUACAAGCCCAACAAAAAUCAAACUAUUUGGCACGACGAGCGAAACAGAUGUGGAAAAUUUGGAGGAAGGCAAUAUGGAAAUAGACACAGACAGCGGCCCAAUCAAGGGUUUGGAGGUGGACAUUCUUGGGCUGCUAUUUAUUAUCUUCUACGUGCUUAUUCUUCUUGUCCAGUUCAUUGGAAUGCUCUUGCACAGAUACGGAACUAUUCUGCAUCUUUUGUCAGUCACAAAAAUGCCAAGUAUUCGCUCGAAGAAAACAUCCUUGUUAGACAAACAAACAAAUAUUAGUACUCGGGAAGCUAAAUUAUUGUGUGAAAAGCUGCUUAAUGUUAGCGACGAUGAUGAAUCGGAAAGUGAAGAAGAAAAUGAACAAGACAAAAUACAACAACUUGAGGCGCUUCAACGCACUGGUGUCAGACGUCCAAUUACAUUCAAUGCUAACAAGCUUGAUUCAACAACACGCAUGCGCGAGUCUCUGAGAAUGCGCAACUUCAAUUCAAAUCUUGCUUCGAGCAUAAACGUUCUCCAUCAAGAUCUUCAAGCAAACAGGGAUCGAAUGUCAAGUCCGCAAUCAAACAUAAGGCAGCGGAGUGAAUAUGAACGAAGACGACAGAGGCUGACUGACGACAGAGUGCGUCCCCUGGAAAGGAGAGUAAAACUUCGGCCUGGUCAUGAGAUGAUCGAAAAUGACGUUCGGAGGAAAUAUAGUAACAGAUAUGACCGGAGAAACGGGAGAAACAGAGAUAUGGACCUUAUACCCGAAGAGUCUAGGGGUCCGAGUGAUCCAGUGUAUAAUGAAAUAAAAGCACAAGGCACAAUGGGUCGACGUCUUGGGCGCAGACUUAGAAUGUUUGAGCAUGCAUCCCGGGGGCAUCAAAGAAACGGGAGUGCAUUUCGAGGGCAUCAAAGUAACGAAUCGCCCAAUACAGCAGACAGUCGAUUUUGAUGAACUUGUGAAAAGGAUCGAGUUCUCUGAAUAUUCUGUUGAUGAUGAUGAUAGGACAAUUAAAUCUGAGUUUGAUAGGGAUUUAAACACACACUCGAUCUACUAUUCGAACAACUAUUCGAAAAUAUUCAUAUUCUUAUAAGAUACAAUAUUCCAAAUUCUAUCAUGGAGAUUAACUUUUCUAAGGAGAGCACACAGCACCAAUUUAAAUAAAACAAGUACAACGUCUUGUUCUUUGAAGCCUUUUGAUAUAAAUGACAAAUUGCACUGCAUUUAAAAAAGACGUAUAGGUCUUGAUUGAUUUAAGUUAUUUAACACUGUACUAUAUUUACACAAGAUGUGAUAACAAAAAUAGCCGUGUGGGCAACUGUAUCCAAUUGGAAAUAUUUGUCCAUUUCCCAUAGAAAACAAUCUCAGGUGCAUAGGGACGGUUUACAAUGUAAGGAUGCUUUAUAUUUAAAUACGUUGUAAAUAGAUCGCGCAGUAAUUUCAAUUUAGCAGUUACACCUAUGGGCAAUACUCUUAGGAAUCUUAAUUAUUUAUGCAAAAAUUAAAGUCACCAGUGCCAAUAUGAAAUUAUUAACACACAUUGCAUGUUUAAACACUACACUGUUAUUAUUAAUUUUACGUAGUACUUCUACUGAUAUACAGGCGUACAUUCAAUGUUGAUUUCGAUUGACAAUUGCUGAAGAGUUCCGACUGCUACUGAUCAGCUUCAAGGAUGAACUGAUCUAUGAGAAGCUACCGACUAGAUUGUCUGUGAAAUAGCUUUGCACAUGACCAUUAGUGUAGUCACAACUGUACUUUUGUAUGUUUUAUGCACAUUUUACAAAACAUUUUACAAAACAACCGUUCUUUAUAUGUCAUAGAUACAUACACAUUUUUAUAUCUUAUAUUUUAUAUCAAAUAAUAUUUCUAAAUGUCCGAAGUAUUUUUCUGAAUAUGCCAAAUAUUAUCUUUCAUUGAUUUACUUUCGUUGGGGGAAGGCGGUGUGGUUGAAAACAUUUACAUUACAUGUACGAUAAAGACUUACCAAUGAAUUAUGAUUAUUCGGGGAGUAAAUUAGUAUUGCUCCCCCUUGCUUCAAUUUAAUAUAACUAUGCAUUGUUACUAUACAUUUUUUAUAUGAAUGCUCUCUAUCUUUAUUGCUGAAACGUUUUUAACUCUAUUGAUUAACAAAUUAUUUUGUAAAUAAGUAAAACUAUGCAUUGGCUCUAUACAGUUGCAAUGUAAAUGUUCCUUAUCUUUAUUGCUGAAACAUUAUUUAUCUCUAUUGAUUAACAAUCUUUUUUGUAUAUGAGUAAUAUCUUCAAACCAUACGUGAGUAAGAUUGUUUAUUAUAGUGGAUGGUGACAUGAAACAAAAUAAAUGAUGUAACAUACGUUAAUAAACACCCGUUCCCGUUGGCCUAUGUUACUAUACGUUUGUUUCUUGGUUUAUAUUAAUGAACACUCUAAAAUUUUAAUAGACGAGUACAGUUUCGUUCGACCUAAAGCCAUCUUUAAAUGCUUAAUUUUUCAGACACAUAUGUUUAAAAAUAUUUAACUUUUUUCAUGUUUUAAUAAAACAAUUUUAAAAAACA